AUGCAUUUGAAGACCAUAGCGUACGUGGGCAUGGAAUUCCAACGUGCAGCGAAUUGGCAAUAUCGUGUUUCAAUACGGGGGUCCUUUACACAAGAGGAAUCGAACCACGACCCGGACAGCGUGGAGAUGAGCGUCGUGCGCUACAAGCCGGACGGGAUCGAGGCCCUGGCGAGGACGACGAAAUUCAGCAAGAAGGAACUGCAGCUCAUUUACAGAGGGUUCAAGGCGGAGUGUCCGAACGGCUUUGUCAGUGAGGAAACUUUCAAGGGUAUUUACUCGCAGUUCUUCCCUCAAGGAGAUGCGACAGCCUACGCGCACUACGUCUUCAACGCGUUCGACGUCGAGCAGCAAGGGUCGAUCAGCUUCGAGGAAUUCGUGACCAUCCUGUCGGAGCUCUCGCGGGGCAGCGUGACGGAGAAGAUCCGCUGGGCCUUCAACCUGUACGACAUCAACGGCGACGGAUACAUCACCAAGGAGGAGAUGCUGGACAUCGUGACGGCCAUCUACUCGCUGGUCGGCCGCAACGCCAUCCCCGCCGUCGAGGAGAACACCACGCAGGAGCACGUCGACAGGAUAUUCGAGAAACUCGACAUCAAUGGCGAUGGAAUGGUUACUCUUGACGAAUUCAUGGAAAUAUGCACAACAGACGAGACCAUCGCCAACUCGCUGACGAUCCUGGACACGAACUUCUGA